AUGGGUGCUGGAGCAGCUUUCUCUGGAAAACCAAGAAGUCCACAUGAGUUACUGAAUGAAGAGAACCGCAGAAAAGCCAGAACAAGGCGAUAUGAUGACGGUGAAUCAUCCGAGUUGUAUAAGCGGUGCGCUAAUGGAGACAUUGCUGGGGUACGCGAAAUUCUUGAGCAACCGGAUCGUAAAAAUAUUAAUGAUUUGAUGCAACUUGAGCCCAAUGGUGAUACAGCCCUACACGCUGCCGUCAAAAAUAAGCAUCAAGAGGUAGUAAAACUAUUACUCGAGAAAAGAUGCCCUCGAAACAUACUUGACCGUGAUGCUAAAUAUGCGUAUGAAUAUGCAGAUACACCUCUCUUAAGAAAUUCCUUUGAACGUAAUGAUACUUCGAGUCGCUUUUAUGACUCUGACAUGACAGGAAAAGUGAAUUGUUACGUACACGAAGAGAAAUCCUCAACUACUGACUUGCAAUCAGCCGCUACCGAUUCAAAUGCAAAUGAUACUAAUGUUACAGAGAAUGAUUUAAAAACUGCUGACACUGACAGUGGUUUUGUUCGACCGUUUCAAAAUGAAAAAGAAACUUACAAGUAUGCACUCGAUCAACAAACGACUGCAAUGUGGCUUAGAUUUUAUAGCUGGUUGUCCCGCACGUUUCCUAGCUUCUUUCAACAUGAUUUUCUGCGUGCUGACACGUUUGAUCUAGAUAAAAACCAAGAUUUUAAAGAUUUUUUAAAAAAACGUUGUAAAUCGAAAGAGGCUGACAACACAUUGGACGCCAUUAAUGAAGCAAAAACUAAAAGCAAUAUCGAGCCUCUCAUUAAGAUGUACACAAGUGAAGAUGCUUGUUAUCGCACAUUAAAUCAACAACUUUCCAAUUCAACUCAUGAACACGAGAGUGCUCCACAUCUAUGUGACCGCUUCAUAAUGGAAUUUUACAUUCGUUCCGAACAACUCGAAAAGCGUAUCUUCAUUGGAUCUACGUAUCGGGGUGCAACAAUAGGUCACGAUGACAUUCAUGUUUACGAACAAGCUCUGAAUAAUAAAACACGUGGUGUGCUAGCGUUCAAAACCUUCACUUCAACAAGUGAGGACAUCAAAAUUGCUCUUAGUUUCAUCGAUGAGGGUCCACCAAAAGAUGGCAAAAUGAAUGUGUUAUUCGUCAUUACAGUCAACGAUAAAUCUACCAAUAUAUUUGGUGUCUCAGACGUUUCUGAUUAUCCCAAGGAAAAAGAGGUGCUCGUUAUGCCUGGUACUUUAUUUGUCAUUACUGGAAUGACACCAAAUGUUUCAUACGAGCUACAGUCAAAGACGGUGACAUUCACUGAGAUUCAUCUGAAAUAUCACCAUAUACCCAUGUCAUUUUGGAAAAAGUUUAGACACACUAUUAAAUCGGCUCGAAGUGAAGCUUUGUAA